GCCGAACCGAGCCAUGGGAAAGAAGAGCUAUCAGAACUAUGGCAAGACCUUCCGUAAGCCCAAGAGGCCUUUCGAGAAGGAGCGUCUUGAUGGAGAGAUGAAGAUCAUUGGUGAGUACGGACUGAAGAACAAACGUGAGGUGUGGCGUGUGCAGUAUGCCUUGGCCAAGAUCCGAACUGCAGCCCGAACGCUGCUGACCCUGGAAGAAAAGAGCCCAAUGCGUAUCUUCCAGGGAGAGGCCUUGCUUCGCCGCAUGGUCCGCCUUGGAUUGCUCCUUGAAUCUGAGAAGAAGCUCGAUUUCGUGCUGGGCCUGACCACGGCCAAGAUCAUGGAGCGCAGGUUGCAGACCAAGGUCUUCAAGUUGGGCUUGGCCAAGUCCAUCCAUCAUGCUCGCACUUUGAUCCGCCAGCGCCACAUCCGUGUGGGCAAGCAGAUCUGUGACGUUCCUUCCUUCUUGGUUCGCCUUGACAGUGAGAAGCACAUUGACUUUGCCCUGACCUCGCCAUUUGGUGGAGGCCGCCCUGGGCGUGUCCGCGUCGUGAAGCAACGGGAGAGCUGGCUGGCACGGCGAUUGCAAAAGAAAUCUUGCAGGGGCGUUGCGCGAACGACGGCCAGCGGAUAUGGCAACCUGGGGAGCUACAUGGAGAGUAGCAGCAUCCCAGGCGAUGAUGCCAUGACCAUCAUGACCUGUGACUUUCAGAAGGGAGAUGAGAUCGAGGUGUUUUACCAGAUGCCUUUCGCCGAGGACCACGGCAACGAGCGCAUCGAUGUCGUGGGUGACCGCUGGAUUCUGAGUGUGACCCCUUCACUGGGCUCCAAUCGUCCGCGACUGGGCUGGACGCAGCGCUGGCUACCAGCUGUGGCGAAGGAGCUACAGUAUGGUGGCAGUAGCGUGGAAAGUGUUCGGUAUCAAUGGCAACUGCAGCACUGGUAUGACUGGGCCACUGGAGAGCACAUAUCAGUGACCAAAGACCCACAUGCACUGAUGGCAGAAAGUGGGAUUCAGCACGUGCGAAAACGGACAAAAGAUGCUUGGAAAGUUCCCAGCCGAGUGCCAUGGACAUCCAAUCAUUUGUAUCCGAAAUGCACAGAAGCUGGAGUUGGGGGUUGUGAAGUCGCAGUUUCUUUCAUCGUUUUCCAGUGGGGCGCUGCCAAGAUUCCCAUCGACUAUGAUGCUCACUCCUGGGGUGAACGAGAAGGCUCAACAAUUUCCAACUGCUUCAUCAGGAGCUUUUUCCGGGAUUCGGUGCUUCCAAAAGUGGGCUGCGACUAUGAGGUCUUGACACUUUUUAUCCAACAAAGUGACGAAUUCGCCAAGAUUUCCCCUGAGUUUCUGCUGUCGCUAUGCCGGGGGCGAACCAUUUGCGCGCUGUACUUCUUGUGGCCGAUUCAGGGUCUUCAAAGUUAUGGUGAGCUGCAGCCUACUGCUGCCGCGUAUGUGGAAGCUGAUCUGCUGUUUCCCCUGGUGCAGCGAAUGGAAUCCUCUGGGAUUCCCACCCGGUGGCCGCAUCCCUUGCAGCUCUGGAAGUUGUUGACCUCCAAGGAAUGGAUGGCCCAGCUGUGCAUCUGUGAGCAGUUUCAGAUUCCCUUGACGACCUGCAUUUCCAAGGGCCUGGUUCUUAGAGAUCCGACCAAGGCUGCUCAGAUGGCCCUGGAAACCUUGAGUAUCUUGAAAAAGGACAGGAAUUUGGAUGGCAAGAUGUCGGAAGUUGUGGCCAAGUUGGGUUAUAGCUAUGAAGGGGUUGAUGUGAAAAUGGUGGAUGGCAACCAGCUGGCAGAAGCUCUGUAUUUCUUGCUGACUCAGCCCAACUACACCAAUGGCUCCGUUUAUGUGCAGGAACGGAUUCAGGUCAGCUGUGAGGCUCGAUGUUUCCUGAUCAACGGAUGUAUCCAGCAGAUGUUGUACACCAGAUUUGGUCGGAUCGAUGCACAAGGAUAUGUGAGGGAGUAUGAGAAGGAAUCCUCUGGCGAUCGUGCCAAGAGAGAUUGGUUUUCAGACGAUAACGAAGCUUGGGGCGAUGCCAUGCAGCAAAUUCAGCGCCUCUCUGAUCGUUGGAACCUGUGGUUGUUGGCGCAGUCGGCAGAGAGGACAGUGUCAGUACGGAUUGACUAUCUCCUGGAGCGCGUUUCUCCGGGCAAAGCACGGGUUUGGACAGGUGAAGUCGGUGAGCUGGGGUACAGCACCAGCGGCUUGGAUCCAGUACUUCUUUUUGAUGCGGUGGUGGACUCCCUGUGGUAG